CUGGAGUGAAAGCGAUGUGGCUCACUUCCUUCUCUCCAAUCACUUUCCAGAAGAACAGAUUGUCUGUGAACUUUGGUCCAAAAACGUCAAUGGCGUUCAAUUGUUGAAAGCUUGCUCCUCUCAAUUGCGUGACUUUGACCUUGACAAAAAUUAUGCAUUGUUAAUUUGUGAUUUGAUCAAAAAUUAUCAGAAGAAUCAUCAUCAAAUAAGAAAGACAGCAACAAUGUCGUCCGCACUCACUCAUGAUGAUGUCUUGUUGGAAAAAAUUAAUAAUUAUGAGCUGAGCGCUGAACAAUUUUUAAAGAUGAAAUACUUCAGCACGAAUGAUGAAGAGUUGUCGUCAUUAUCUAUUGAGAGUUCUCCAUUUGGAAAUCUCAAUAUAUGUCACUUGUCUAACAAUCGAUUGGGAACCAUAUAUACAGCUUUCAAUGGGAAUAGAAAAAGUGGCACUCAAAUUGCAUGCCCUGUUGAACGAAACCAAUCAAAAAUAUUUUGUGAAACAAAUGUCAACUCUACAAGAAGAAUAAUUUGUAUUGAAAUGGAGUUAUUGCAAGGAAAUUUAUUCUCUCAAUUAUUGUCACCGGAGACAAAUGUGGACAUUAGUGAAAAUUUGAUUCUUCAAAUUGGAUAUCAAGUGUGUUCAGCAUUGAGCUACUUGGAUGCAGUAGACAUGGUACACAUUAAUCUUAAACCUGAGAAUAUUCUGGUGAGAAAUUUUGAUGCACAGACGCAAACCAUUAACGUUACUCUCUCAGAUGUGGUUUGUAGUUUUGUAUCAGGCACUGGUCACUCAUACAUUCCACCAGAAUACGCUGCGAAUGAGCAGAAUAGUGAAUAUACAAAUCGUGGAAAUAUUUUCAUUCUUGGAGUAAUUUUAUGUCAACUCAUUCUUCAUGACAAGGUAUUCAAUGUCACAUCUACUACCACAAAUUUCAUUCGAAAUAGAUACGGUACCAAGUAUUCAGAAACGUUGCUCACUUUAAUUGAUUUUAUGUUACUUUUAGAUCCAAACGAUCGUCUCUCUGUGAAUGAAACCUUAGAAAGGUUUUCAAAGUUGACCAAUCAAAGAGUGAAUCAGCCACAACCACUUAAACCUGUGGUUCGAUAUUUGGAAGGUAGUAACAAUACUUCAUUUGUUGCAACCGAUGAAGAGGUUGUAUUGCAACAUUUAUUGUUGAAAUAUGAUAAUUUACAACCAAUUUUUCACAACACGUACUGGACAGCUAUUGAGCGUAGAAGAUAA